AUGGGAGAAAUAUCAGCGGGAUCCACGCCUGUAGAACCACAAUUAACGCAACAACAGGCAGAAUGGCUAUGGCAAUCGAAUCCCGAUCCAUGGGCAACGACAGAAACACCUGAAUGGAGUCGUCAAAUGAGAUUUUAUCGCGAUUAUGGUACAAGAAAUUAUGUGGGUUUGGGUGUAGGUAUAUGGAUUGGGACUGAAACAAAAGAUAAUGUCUAUGCUCAGUGUAUGUUUAUUAAUGUGCCUAUCGAUUGGAAUGAGGCUAUCACAUGGGCUAUCACCAAUUGGACAACCUGUACAGAAACCAUGCAAAUCUUUGUUAAACGUUAUUUUCUAUUAGGUCAUGAAAAUAGUUCUCAUCAUCUAUGGCGAAUACCAGGUGGAGGGAGUCUGCCUAUAUAUGUUAUGGAAAAUGAAGCCAUAAGUAUUGUAGCAACACAACAUGGUUUAAUAUCUGUAUAUGCAACUGACAAACGAAGUGUUGGUCAAAGUAGUUUAUUAGAAUGUCCUAGUUCGAUUAUGUCAAAUUUUUCUGCUUGUUUAUCAUAUAUUGAACAAAAUCGAUAUCGUUUAAAACACAAUACAUUUACAAACACAGUACGUGAUAUACAAUAUGUACUUGAUGUUAUCAUUGGUCAUAAUCGUCAUUAUUUAAAAUCAAAUCAACGUGUUAUACUUAUGGGAUCAAGUCAAGGUACUUAUCUUCUACAACGAUAUCUUCAUUUAACAACUAAUAAACAACAAGUCGAUGCUGUUAUACUCGAUUCAAUUGUACCAACUGAUAUAAUUACAUUAAUAGAAUUUGAUCCAUAUAUCAAUUAUAUCCUUUUGGAUCUAUUUUCUCGAUGUUCUCAAGAUAAACAAGAAUGUUCUGAUCGAUUUCAAAUUCAAAUUCAAUGCAUGCACUUUAUUCAUAUCAAAUGA